CUCACAACUUCUUCUCACAAGAGAUAACAAUAUCAUCUGUCCACACUUCAACUUCAAGUCCUUCAUAGUUCCUAAAAACUUAAGAGGGGUUUUCUCAAGUUUGUGAUUCAUGGCACCAAACGGUGACACACUUGUUACUUCCUAUUCAAGGACUAACAACUUAGGAACCAAGCCAGCAAGGCUGUCCAUGGAAAGCCUGCAAAGGACUCUUUCCGACAUCUCCUUCGACCUAAGCAAAGAAGCAAUCGAUUUAAAGCUCCCGACGAUCACUGAAGUAGAGGAUGCAAAGUGUGAGUGUUGCGGUAUGAGCGAAGAGUAUACGCCGGAGUACGUUCAGCGCGUUCGCGAUAAAUUCUCCGGUAAGUGGAUUUGCGGGUUAUGCUCGGAGGCAGUGAAGGAAGAGGUGGAGAAGAAUGGAGGGAGUGGAGAAGAAGCUUUGAAGUCUCACAUGAAUGUGUGUGUGAGGUUCAAUAGAAUUGGUAAGAGGUACCCAGCUUUGUUCCAGGCUGAUGCCAUGAAAGACAUAUUGAAGAAGAGUACAGGGUUAGAUGGGAGAGGAAUUAGGGCUAAGUCAAUUAGUCCUAGGGAUAGGGGAGGUGUAAAGAAGGGUGGGAUUGCAAGGAGCUCAAGUUGUAUUCCAGCCAUUACUAAGGAGAUGACUGAGCAGAAACCAGUGAAAUGAGUUACUAAAAGGCAGGGUUGUGGCCAUGUGGGGCUUUAUGGGAUCUUGAAUCCAAAAAGAGUCCUCCUUGAGAGUAACCUGGUCUUCAAAUCUUCAUCAUCACCUCCUCUCUGUCAGUUUUGUUUGUUGACAAGUCAACUUCUAUAAUUAUGAGUCUUUUUAUUACCCUUUUAUCUAGGGCUAUCUCUUGGAAUAACUCCAACCCCCUUAGUAUAUUUCCUGGAUGAUUUGAACACUCUUUUUUGAACCUGUAAUCUGGUUUUCAUGAUCAACCCUUGCAGUUUUCCCUCUAGGGUUUUUCGUCGGGUUGGUCCAGAGACACUCACCCCCUUUAUAUAUGAUAGUUUCUCUCUCUCUCUCUCUCUCUCUCUCUCUCUCUCUCUCUCUCUCUCUCUCUCUCUCUCUCUCUCUCUCUCUCAUGGAAGAUAAUAUGACUGAAAUCUCCAAUUCUGACCCUAUGCCCCAGGCACCCCAAGGACAAUAAUCUAUGUAUCAAGAUGACAUGUUUUCAUGUUUGAUCAAUGUACAUGUGAGUGUUGAUAAUUAGAACGCUCACUACAAAGGCCUCUUUUUGCAUGUGCCUUUGAUUUAAGUUUGACAUAAAUUAUGUUGGUUAUCCGCAAUAAUUUAAUGGAAUUAUAUUGUAUUU